CGUCGCCCCACAAUCUUAUGAUCUGAUACACCCAUUCCAUCAUAACAACCAUACUCCCGGAUUCAUUCCCCCGCCAUCCAACCGUUUAAAUCCAUCAUCUUGACGUCAUGUAGGUGAAGGCGACGUGUGGGCACCAACCACAAGAGCCAUAGUGGGUCCCGCGUCCGAGUGACCACCGUGCUCGCACCAAUAGCGAUCUCUGCACCUCACCAACCACCGACCGGUUGGCUGGCGGUCCAACUACUCCCGGAACCGGAAGGUUACCGGCUCAGCCGGUCUCCACCCCUCCCUUAUAUACCCCUUCGUUUCCACCUUACCAUCUCAGGUCGACACUUCAUUGGCGAUCAGUGCUCCGGCAUCGAACCAAAGGGUAAGAGCAGAAUAUCCCAGAAAGCACAUAAAUGGCGACCAACGAGCAAGAUCAGGCCGGGAGACACCAGGAGGUUGGCCACAAGAGCCUUUUGCAGAGUGAUGCUCUGUACCAGUAUAUACUUGAAACCAGUGUGUACCCAAGAGAGCACGAGGCCAUGAAGGAGCUCCGGGAGAUUACUGCCAUGCACCCAUGGAACAUUAUGACUACAUCUGCGGAUGAAGGGCAGUUCCUGAACAUGCUUCUCAAGCUCAUCAAUGCCAAGAACACCAUGGAGAUUGGGGUUUACACCGGCUAUUCCCUCCUCGCCACCGCCCUUGCUCUUCCCGAUGAUGGAAAGAUUUUGGCCAUGGAUAUCAACCGGGACAAUUACGAGCUGGGUCUGCCUGUAAUCCAGAAAGCCGGCGUUGCCCACAAGAUCGACUUCAGAGAAGGUCCUGCUUUGCCUGUCCUCGAUCAGAUGAUCCAAGAUGGCAAGUAUCACGGAACAUUUGAUUUCAUAUUCGUGGACGCGGACAAGGACAACUAUCUGAACUACCACAAGAGGCUUAUCGAUCUGGUGAAGGUUGGGGGAGUGAUCGGCUACGACAACACCCUCUGGAACGGAUCGGUGGUGGCGCCGCCGGACGCGCCACUCCGGAAGUAUGUCAGGUACUACAGGGACUUCGUUUUGGAGCUCAACAAGGCUCUCGCCGCCGACCCCCGGAUCGAGAUCUGCCAGCUCCCGGUCGGUGACGGGAUCACCCUCUGCCGUCGGGUCAGCUGAUCGCCGGCCAACUGACCCACCGGACGUUGACCGAUAAAUCGCAACAAAGAAGUUUUUAUGGGGGAUUUGCUCCUACGGUCCUACCCCUUUUUCAAAUGGUGUAUUUGUAUUUUCAAAUGAUGAAUGAAUGAUGUUAAAGAAAUUUGGUACUUAAAUUUGAUUUAUUUUCUGAAGGAUGUUUUAAUAUUUUCCUGUUUCUACUGUGUAAUAAUCUCCGAAAAAAAAAUUAAAAGAGAAAAAAUUGCCCUCACCGGACCAUUAAUGAGUUUUUGUUUUUUGUUUAAUAAGAGAUUCUGUAACGGACAUGCAUUUGAUAUAUUAAUUUGAUGAGAUUUAUUGAAUAAA